CGGGAGGCUGGGUUGUGGAAUGAGGCGCUGAGGCGGCUCGCGGUCUUCUCUGCCCCUCCCCCGCGACAGCGGCAGCUCCGCCAUGGAGGGGCAAGAUGGGGGGCAAGAUGUUGCAGCUUCUCCUUCCGCUCCUGCAACAGGAAAGUCAAAACUGGAUACCUUACCCAAAGAAGAGCUCAUCAAAUUUGCAAAGAAACAGAUGAUACUUUUUCAGAAAGUGAAGUCUCGAUCUACAGAACUGGAAAAGGAGAUUGAAGAACUGAAAUCCAAACUUGCUGCUGGAGGGUCUGAUGAUAUUAUCCAGGCACUCACAGAAAGACUAGACGUUGUUCUCCUGGAAAAAGCAGAAAUCCAGCAGCAGUGUCUGACUCUGAAAAAAGAAAAUGUGAAGAGGCAGCAAGAAGCAGAGGCUGCUAUUGCCAAGGAUGAAGAAGGGCAGAAAAAGCUUAUGCAAUUGAGCAGUGACUACCUGAAAGAAAUUGAAAGUCUUAAAAAUGAAAUGGUAACAGCACAGUCCAGAUAUGAUGAAACUGUAGCUGUGCUGCAAAAGGAACUAGAUGCUGAAAAGAGGAAACAAGAAGAGCUCCUAGAUCAACUUAAAUUUCAUAGUAAUUGGCAAGAAGAAAUCAGAAGACUAGAGGGAGAAGUCCACCAGACAAAGACUGGGUACGAGCAGCAAAUCUCAGAUCUGAAGAAGCAGUUGGAAGCCUGCAGUGAGGCUAAAAAGGAAGAAAUUACCGAUCUGCAAAAUGUUUUUGAAAGCAAUUCUCAGAGUUACCAAAACGAAAUUGAUAAGUUAAAUGAAGAACUGGCAAAACUGAAGACUUCUCAUCAAGAGGAGGUGUCUGAUUUGAGGCAUCAACUUGAAGCUUCCAAUAAUGUGUGUGAAGAAGAGCAAAGUAAGGUAGAAAAGCUAAAGCAGGACUUGAGAAAGCAGAAUGAGGUACAAGAGAAAGGCCUGGAGGAGGAACUACGUGCUUGCAAGGCGAAGUAUGAAAGUGAACUGGAAUGCUUAAGGCAAGCUUCAACUAAAAAUGAAGAAAACCAAACUCAGAAUAGAAAUGAACUGUUGGAGACAGAACUGAUGGAAAAGGCCAGGCACUUAGAGAGUGUUGUAAAUGAACUGAAAUCUCAACACAGUAUACUGCAAGAUGAAUUAACUUAUAUGAAUAACGUUAAGAUGAAACUAGAAAUGGAAGUCCGGCAUGUGAAGGAUGAAUAUUUUCAUGAACGGGAAGAUUUGGAGUUCAAAAUUAAUGAACUGCAGCUUGCCAAAGAAGAUCAUUGCUGUGUAAUUGAAAAACUAAAGCUGGAGCUUCAGGGUAUGAGAAGGCAGUGUGAAAAGACUGCACAAGAGCAUAGCCUAGAAAUUCAAGAUCUAAUGGGAAAACACGAAAGAGAAAUGAGUGAGCUUAAACAAACAUGGUCAUCAAGUUCAGAGAGAGAAAACAGGUCACUGGCUCAGGAAAUACAGGAUCUGAAGGAACAAUGUCAGAAGCACAUCCUGGAGAGAGAAGAAGCUAUUGAUAACUACGAAAGCUUGAGAGAAACACUGGAAACCCUACAAGCCGAAUUGGGGGAAUCAGCCGGGAAAAUAAGCCGAGAAUUUGCAUCGAUGAAGCAGCAGCAGGCUUCGGAUGUUGAUGAACUACAGAAGAAGCUUAGAGCGGCUUUCAGUGAAAAGGACACUCUCCAGGAGAUGGUGAAUCGUCUUCGGGAAGAGGUGGAACAGUUUUCUUCCAAAGGAGAGGAGGUGGAAGAACUCAAGCUUAAAACAGGUGUGCUUCAGGAAGAAAAUGAGAAACUUGUUGCUUCCCUUCAUCAAAGAGAUGCUGCUGUAAAGGAACUGGAAGAGAAGAAGCAUGCGCUUUAUUCUCAAAGUAGCAGCAUGUGCGAUGAAGUCAAAUGCUGCAUGGAGACAAUAAAAAACCUCCAGGAACAAUGCAGAGUGGAGCAAGAGAAAGUCAUGGGACUUCAGCAAGAGGCUGAAGCUCUUUGCCUUUGCAACCGUGAAUUAGAGCAGCAGGGAGAGGAGUUAAAAGAGAAACUGAGAGGUGCUUCAGUGGAAAAAGAAGAGUGUCAGCAGAAACUGAGGGAAUUAGAGCAACAAGUUGAAGCUGUUCAGCAAGACAGGGAGCAUCUGUUGUCUGAAGUCAAGACUCUUCGUGAGGAAAGUAACAAACUAAAGGAAGAAAGAGAUGGAGUUGAAAAGAAGCUGCAGAGCAUGGCAUUUGAAAAAGAGGAAUGGCUGGUGUUUAAAGAGAAAGCGGAUGGCUUAGAAAUGAGGCUAAAAAUGGCUGGUGAUGAAAAAGACCAUCUAGAGAAGCUCCUUAGUGAGGAAAAGGCCUUCAGGCCCCUUGUUGCCAGUCAGCUGCGCAGCCUCCUUGAACAAAUGGACUCUGGAUAUCCAGAUGAAAAUGAAGAGUGUGAUGUUGCCACUCUCCUGCAAGCUGCAAGAGAAUCCUUGGCGAAAACGAGGCAGGAGAAACAGAGUCUGACUCAACAGAAGGAUGGCAAUGCCUUCUUGCAGGAGGAGAUCAGGAGGCUCCAGGAAGAAAAUGCAGCUUGUAGUCUGGAACUCCGAUCUCUGCUGGAUGACUCUACAAAAGAGAAAUGCCUUUUGAGAGAAGAGCUAGAGGGGGCUCUGUCAGAGAAAGAAGCUCUACAGCUAGAUAUCCAGGAGCUGAACCACACCAGUGAAAAAGUCAAGGCUGAGAACCAAAAUCUUCUUGCUUGCGUUGAAGACAUUUCUGAAAAACUUGCACAUCAUGAAAGCAAACUGAAAGAGCAAGAAAAUGUUUUAGUGGAAGAAAAGAGAAAUCUAAAUUUAGUUCUAGAACAAAAAGAGUCUGAACUGAGCAGUCUGCAAGCUGAGCUUACUUUGCUAAAGAAUUCCAUGGCAGAAUCUUCUGCUAAGAGUGACCAAGAAGCCUUGGAAUCACAAAAAAUAGAGCAUUUAGAAAAACAGCUGAAAGAGAAAGAAGAAAAAUUAAAUAAAAUUAAAGCGGUUGCUGUGAAAUUAAGGAAGGAGCUGGAUUCUAGCAGAAAAGAGAUGCAGUCCCUCAGAGAAGAGCUGGAGCGGACUCGAUUAGAGAGAGAGCAGCUGUCAUCUUCAGUGGGAGACAUCAUUCAGGGAGCAGAAGGCUAUCAGAAUCUCUUAAUAGAGUUUGACAAGCAAGCAGAACAGCUGGAUUUUGAAAAAGAGCAAGUUCAAAACUUGGAACGUCAAAUAGAGGAUCUUAAAAGACAAUUGGACACAUCAACUGAGCAGCAAGACCAGUGGCGUUCUGCUAAUGAAGACCUCUUGGCUAAGAUAGAGACUCUACAGACCAACACCAAGCUGUUGGAAACCCAGCUGUUAGAAAUGCAGAGAGCCAAAGCAAAAAUGGACAAAGAACUUGAAGCUGAAAAACUUUUAAGGGAACAAAAAACAAAGGACCACAGCAUUACUGUAAAAGAAGUUGAAGAUCUGCAGGCCCAACUUCUGAAAGAAAGAAAGCAUCUCCAAAGUGUCUUGGAAGAACUGGAGAUGGCAAAAAAGGAUGCGCAGAAGAGUACACUGAUGGACAUGGAAAUGGCUGAUUAUGAGCGUUUGGUUAAAGAACUGAAUCAAAAGUUGGCUGACAAAGGCAGCAGAGUUGAGGAUCUUGAGCAAGAGAUUAAAAUUCAGAAGCAAAAGCAAGAAACGCUGCAAGUUGAAAUCAAAUCAUUUCAGGCCUCUGUACAGCAGUUUGAGGAUAAGAACUCCAAGAUCAAACAACUGCUGGUGAAAACAAAGAAAGAGCUGGCCGAUUCAAAAGAGACGGAAAAUGAACUUCUGAGACUUCAAGCAUCUUUAAAAGGAGAGCUGGAAGCGAGUCAGCAGCAAAUGGAAGUUUAUAAGAUUCAGUUGGCUGAUUUGACCUCCGAAAAACACAAACUUCAGGAACAUCUGAGGACUUCUGUAGAACAACACCAGCGGGUUUUGAGCACUUACCAGCAGAGACUUGUAACACUCCAGGAAGAGUGCAGUACAGCGAAGGCAGAACAUGUGGCUGUGUCAUCUGAAUUUGAAAGCUACAAGGUCCGUGUUCAUAACGUUUUAAGACAGAAGAAUAAAUCUGCUCAAGCAGAAACAGAUGGGACUAAACAGGAAAGAGAACACAUGGAAAAGGUGAUAGACCAACUAAAGAUCAAAUUGCAAGACACUCAGCACAGCUUACAAAUUAAUGUUGCUGAGUUUCAAACACUGCAGUCCGAACACGACACACUGCUGGAACGACACAAUAAGAUUCUUCAGGAGACAGUAGCGAAGGAAGCAGAGCUCCGAGAAAAGCUCUGUAUGAUACAGUCUGAAAACAUGGUGAUGAAGUCAGAGCAUGCCCAGAUUACAAGUCAGCUGACAGCCCAGAAUGAAGCUCUUCGGAACAGUUUCCGAGACCAAGUUAGGCAUCUUCAAGAAGAGCACAGGAAGACCGUAGAGACACUGCAGCAGCAGCUGUCCAAAGUAGAAACCCAGCUCUUUCAACUCAAAAGUGAGCCGAGUGCCAAAAGUCCUGCUCCUUCCAGUAUGCCCACAAAGAACCUACGAGAAAGAAGGAACACUGACCUUCCUCUUCUUGAUGUGCACACUGUAGCUAGAGAGGAAGGAGAAGGAAUGGAAACCACUGACACAGAGUCUGUGUCUUCUGCCAGCACUUACGUACCAUCUUUGGAACAGCUCCUUAACACACCUGAUACAAAAUUUGAACCUCCACAAUGGCAAGCAGAGUUCACAAAAGAAGAGUUGGUCCAGAAGCUGAGUACCACAACCAAGAGUGCUGAUCACUUAAAUGGAUUACUUCGAGAAUCAGAAGCAACCAACGUAAUCCUAAUGGAACAAAUUAAGCUUCUUAAAAAUGAAAUUAGGCGUUUAGAAAGGAACCAGGAGCGAGAGAAAUCGGUUGCUAAUCUGGAAUAUUUGAAGAAUGUUCUGCUCCAAUUUAUAUUUCUGAAGUCAGGCAGUGAAAGAGAGAGGCUUCUUCCUGUAAUAGAUACCAUGUUACAGCUGAGUCCAGAAGAAAAAGGAAAGCUUGUUGCAAUUGCUCAAGGUGAAGAGGAGAGCACAUCACAGGCACCUGGGUGGGCUUCAUACCUGCACAGCUGGUCAGGGCUCCGCUAAGACUACGGGAAUGCUCCCUGUUCAGACAUUCAUGUUCUAUAAUUGCACUGAGAGGAAUCUCAACACUGAAGGGAUGUGCUAUAUACACAUGUAGCACGGGUAACUUUUGUGUUUUCUGUUGAUCAUUUUAAGUAAUCAUCUGGGGGGUUUUUUGGUUAAAUCUUGUGGACAGUGUGUUCUUAUGUUCUUGCUCCAUAUUCUGGUCCCUGUUUGGUGACUUGUUACAAGUGCAGGCAUUCUUACUGCAUUAACUUAAGUGUCCCUUUCUGCAUCUGGAGCUGCCCCCUCUAUUAAAGUCUUUUCCUGGGAUGUCUGAUUGCAGCGGGCACAUAGCAAGACAAAAAUAAAAUUGACUACUCUGAUCAGAGGAAUUUCAGUUCUGUUCUUCAGGUCAUCACCUGUUUAAUGCUUAGGAAUAUGGAGUAUGUGACUUAGUAAAACACUUCAGAACUUAGCUUACAAAUUGUUCAUUCCUCCAAAAAGAUAGUUUAAAAAAUUGGCAGCAUUCCACUAGUUAAAUAAAUUGAAUGUAUGGCCCAAGUCCAAACUUAAUUUAGAGAUUCCUUAAGCUAAUAGGGUACUGUCUAGUGUUUAGGACAUUGCUAUGUCAGAUCCUUUUGCAUGAGUAUUAAAUCAUUAGUUAAUGACUGCUGAGAACAAGCUGUCCUGAAAUAUAAAUUAACAUUUUUUAAAAAAAAUGAGAAUUAUAAAUGGUAUUUGGCUCUUAAGCAUAAGUCAGGGUUACCAAUGCAGCUGGUUGUAAGACUUCAUGAUAAGGGUGGAGGAGAUUCUAAAAUUUGGUUCAGAGUUUGCUACAGGUUAUUAAUCCUAAAUAUAAUUGGCAGUGAUCAUUGUCAAGGUUGAACGCUUUUUGGGAAACCUUCAACAUGCAAUCACAUCAAUAUAGAACUUCCAGCUAUAUGUGUUUUUCGAAGGAGGAUACCUUUUCCCCACCACCAUUGUCAAGGUGUUUCUGCUUGACAUGCAUUUGUUAACAACUGUGUAAGGUUUCCCUAGAAACAAAUAGUUCUCUUUUUAAACACUCUUUGUAGCAGCUUUUUCGGCUCUCUAAAAGUGAUGCUUUCAGUGACACCUGGAAUGUAUCAUUUUAUAUACACUUGAGUCUUUGUGAUCUGUAUUCUGAGCAAAUGUGUUCUGCUUCACUGCUGAAUCUUCUUCUUAUAUCCAAAGGAGACGCAGAUGCAUACACAGUUUGCAGCGUAUGACUUCCCCUAUGACCAUGCUUUUAAGUGUGGUUCUUGUCUGCCACACUGGUGUACGCUAAUAAAUGAGACUGGGUUGACAGCCUGCUUGAUUUACUGGACUUCUGGAGAAAGCUGAUGUCCUUGAACUUAGAAAAAAGUGAUUGAAGUAUAAGCUGCUUUAUGGGGUCUGUGUGUGAUGUGAGGCAGAGCUUCAGUGAGAUUUACCAGCAUGUUCCAGUGGAUGUGACUGACUCUAGAGUAGGUGGCCAGUCCUUUGUCUGAAGAUAAGUGAAAAAGUUACUGAGUGACCAUUCACUCCAAGAGGACUUGUCAAUGGCAAAGCCACUUCAGCCAUGUUUUCUAAAUUGCGUUUUUAAGGUGUGACAUGAGAGACCAGCCUUGAGCAGCUCUGCUUAAUUUAGAAUAUUUCAGGUGACUAUUCCUUGUUUCAGGAACUGCUGCCCUCUUGAAUUCUGAAAGCAAUUGGAGAGCAAGCUGAAUGGCAGCAUAUUAAAAAAAAACAUUUCUCAGUGGUACCAUCAGAUGCAUAAAUUGAAUUAGUCAUAUCAGAUUUAAGAAGCAUCCUGAUCACACUAGCAGUCGAGGGGGAAAAUACAUCAUUUGUUUGAGCUGCUGCUGUUCAGACGCCCACGUGAUAUUAAUCUCUGUAAUCUAUUUUCAGAAAACGGGCAUGCCUUAAAUCUUGAGUUUUGUAUCAGCAUUUGUUAAUUUAUCUCACUUCAAGCAGUGUAAUUUUUAUGUUGUGUUUGUUGUUGUUUUUCUACCAUACAGGGGCCACGGAUCUUGCUUGAUCAUCCCUCUUGUACUUUGACAUGUUGACAUUGACCAGGAAAAUGUCUUUGCACUUUCUGUAAUACUUUGCUGUUUUCAGAAUUGGCUUCACUGAAUAAUUGCUACUAGUAGAGAAGCAUUUUCCUGUUUGCACAAUGUAAAUGACUGUGACAAAAUGAACCUUUUGUCUUUUUUAAUGUUGUAGUCCAAAUCCUGUUUUUAUUUUUUUCAAGCUGUGAAUAAAUUAUGCACAUAUUUUAGUUUUAUUACUUUUUAAAA